AAAAAAAAAAGAGCGCAGAUUAAUUCUGUUCGUUUUCUAUCAGUCCAUUGCACUUCUUCCAUGUCCCAGUUAGAAACCUUGGAUCCUGUCAUUUAUGUUGAUGUUGUCCAGUGCUAUUGGUCCAAUGGGAAUUACAAUGGUUUCUUUUAACAAGAUCGUUGUCCCUGCCUCAAUAUCCAAGAGAGACUGGGUUAUUCAGUACCAUCUAUUCAUUGUUCUAUCAGAUUCUCUUCCAAUGGAAAGUAUUCCAGCUUUUGCUCCCCAUUAUUGGAACCUUCAGUGCUCAUAGCUGCUAAUGGUUCUGUAAUUAGUUCCUCAGUGACUCUGUAUAAAGCUUUGCUUUUGUUUUCCAUCACAUGAUCUACUGUCAUUUCUUUCACAUUCCAUGUAAGUGAAUCUAAUUUGUGUUCCUGGUAAUUCAGUUAGGCGGGGCAUGUGAUUAGUGCUGCUGUGGGUUCUCAUUCUUCUACAGCUAAAUGUGUGCCACCAGGCUGUUCUGGAGUAAAUCUGUUCUGUCCUGAGACUUCAUGCUUAAAAUACCAGAAAAAAGAGCUAAUAAUGUUCCUUGAGUGAUUUGGUUUAGUUGUGUUCCAGUUGGGAUGUUGAACUACUUGUUGUUAGUGACAGUAAUAUUAGCUGCUAUCUAUGUUGUGCAAGUUCUGUGUCAGUUCCAUGUGUUGCACAGUUGGACUGAAUAUGAUAGAUGGCUUCAGAAUAGUAAAACUAUUUGGGUCAGAGAGUUCAUUGAGUCAUGGGAGUUGAGGUUUGUCAGGCCUGUUGCCUUUCUGCCUUGUUCCAGUUGACUGAGCUUCUCUUUGCACUGCCUACUUGGCCUGGUUUGUGUGUGUGUGGCUGUUUGAGGGAGAACAAGACCAUUCUUGUGAGUGAGUCAUCGCUCUGUGUCAUGAUGACUGUGUGCUGUCACUCUGCGCCACUCAGAGGAGAAAGACUGUGGGAUGACUGAAGGUCCAACGGAGAGGACGGGUGGAGACAGACAGUUGUUCCGUGGAGAUCCUUCGGACCGACUGGAACCGGGUCCACGUGGGAUGUAGGUGGUUUUGUCCAAUGGGCAGCAGCAGCAGUAGCAGGUUGUUUGGGACGAUGGCCCAGGCGUUGAGCAGUUCCUCUCUGACCCAGCCCGACCCGGACCUGGAUGAGGACCAGGACUUGGUGGAGGUGGAGCCGGAGCAGCUGCUCAGAGAGUGUGAGGAGGCGCUGCGGCGGCGCCCGGCCCGGCCUCACCGGGACCUGGUCCAGCCCAAGCUGCUGGCGCCCUGCAGCCACCAGCACAACCCGUCCAUACGGGUCCUGCAGUGGAACAUCCUGGCCCAAGCUCUCGGUGAGGGGAAGGACAGCUUCAUCCGCUGCCCCCUAGAGGCUCUCAGCUGGCAUGAGAGGAAGUACCAAAUCCUGGAGGAGAUCCUCACCUACCGACCCGACAUCGUGUGUCUGCAGGAAGUAGACCACUACUAUGACACUUUCCAGCCCAUUAUGGCCCGCCUCGGUUAUCAUGGCAACUUCCUACCUAAACCCUGGUCUCCCUGUCUGGAUGUGGAGCACAACAACGGCCCUGACGGCUGUGCGCUGUUCUACCGCCGCUCGCGCUUCCACCUGCACUCCACAGCCCACCUGCGGCUGUCAGCCAUGAUGCUGCCCACCAACCAGGUGGCCAUCGCUCAGACGCUGCGCUGCCUGGCCACGGGCCGCCAGCUGUGUGUGGCCGUCACACACUUGAAGGCCCGCAGCGGCUGGGAGAGGCUGCGGAGCGCGCAAGGCGCCGACCUGCUGCAGAGCCUGCAGGGCAUCACGGCCCCUGGCUCAGGGGCCGGGCCGGGGCCCGUCCCUCUGGUGGUAUGCGGGGACUUCAACGCCGAGCCCUCGGAGGAUGUCUACAGGCGCUUUAGCUCCUCCCCUCUGGGCCUGAGCUCCGCCUACAAGCUGCUGAGCGGUGACGGGCAGAUGGAGCCGGCGUACACCAGCUGGAAGAUCCGCCCAUCUGGAGAGAGCUGCAGCACUCUGGACUACAUCUGGUACAGCGAGCGCGCCCUGAGGGUGGAGGCGCUGCUGGACAUCCCCACAGAGCAGCAGAUCGGACCCGACCGCCUGCCCUCAUACCACUACCCCUCAGACCACCUGGCCCUGCUCUGUGACAUCAGCUUCAGGGAGGGGCCUCACAGGCUGCUAUAGGCAGCCAAUCACAGCUCUAGCUGAAACCGGGACAGCCACAUCAGAGGAACCUGACCUUUGACCUGAUGCUGAGCUUCUCUUAAACCUUCCUGUUUAUGUGAAGCUGACUGCUGUAGAAUCUCUUCUGCUGGAACUCAGAUGGUGAGACUGAACAGCCGGAGGGGGGAGGGGCUCCUGGGUAUCUGGCUCUAUGAGGACCUGAGGGUUUAAUUUCCUGACAUUUGAUCACUGCAGUUAUUUAUAAAUAGCCUGACUGUCUUAAAUUAUUCCUUAUACUCCAUAAGGUUCUCCUGUACUGGGUAGUGAUGUGGGUGGGCACUGGGGGGUCAUGUUGUCAUGACGGCAACAACACUUCAUGAUUGCUAUUGGUAAUAAAGUGAUUGUUUUUACUCUGAAUGGUGUCUACCUGAUCCUGCCUUCAAUCACUUCCUGUCUCAAUCUGCAGGCAGUUGGAUUAAAAAAAUGUUUUAAUGGAUCAGUAGUGCUCUAUUAAGUUACUUAUGAACUGGCAUUAAACAAGAAAAGAAUAUUUGUUGAAUUCUUGCAAUACUGCAAUUUUUGAUGUUAAUCCGAUACCAGUAGUGCCAGUACCGUUGAUACCAACACUUCAGAUUUAAGUUUAAUUUGUCAUCAAACUUCUGAACUUAAAGUGUUUUUGUGGUUUUUCUUUUUAAUUAUUUCGUUCAAACCUGGGAUAGAAUUUGGACAAAGUUUAUAGGUGUUUGUAACAUAUUAACAUGACAAUAGAAAUGCAAAAAUGAGAGUGCAAAAAUUUAUCAUGAAAGCUAAUCAAGACAAACUCUUUUCUGAGGUAUUGUUCAGAGACUACAGUACAAAAACAAAAUUACAUGAGAAAAUCUGAAACUCAAGAAUUGACCCAAUACUGAUACUGAUGUGGUAUCAAUAUUUUCCAUUCACCUCUGCUCAGCAGAUGAAACAUUCUUGAGCUCCUUGAGAAUCUUGGAGAAUCUGCUCCCUGGAUUCCAGCUUUGUUUAUUAGUCAUAGACAGAACAUGUCCAGGCAAGACAAGUCAUAUAUUCAUUUCUAAAGAAAUUCUCUACAAUGGAUACAAUAUGCAAACCAGCGAGCUGUGAAGAGGAUGUACUGGAACCCACAGGAGGGAAAAUGUGGAGCUGGUUCAACUUUCUGAGUGUAAACAAGUGGAAUGAAGGUGAAGUCAGUCUGACGGGUUAGAAACUGAAAGCAGAAUGCUCUGAAAUGAAGACAAUGAGACCUAACACUAAGAGGGAAAACAUCAGCAACAGCCAGAGGACAAACAAAGGUUCUGGUGGGUUAAAGAGGAGCAGACAUGUCCUGUUUGAUUGGAUCAAAGGCAUGUUCAGCUGAUGAAUCACUAAUCUGCAUUAGAGAAGUUAAUUCCCAAGUCCUUAGAGAUUUCAGCACAUUAAGUCUAAACUCAGUUUGACUUAAGUCAACACCUCUUAAUAAUCAAGCUGAUUAUGACUUAUUCUUUUGUUGUAGCCAUUGUUUCUUCUACUCACCUGUUAUUCUCUUACACGUGAAAACUUUUCAGGUGAAGCAAACAUCAGUCAGUGACUCAGUUCAUGUUGACAUCAUUCUGUCCUUCUGUUUGUCCAAGCAGACCCACAGACCUUCUGUUUGAUCCACGAUGAAACCACAGAAAGUUCUGCUGAUUAUUUCAGCAUCAUGGCUGCAGGAGCAACAGAAGACAGUCCAGUGAACUCAGUCACAUCAGAGGAGGACAGACAGGGAGACGUUUCAUUCUGAGAGAAAGAAGAUCUGAAAGUGGACUUUUGAAAUUCAGAUCUGCAGUCACAUCAUCUAUGGAAUUCUCUUAAAUACUGCAGAAUUAUACAGUUCAGGUGUUUUUGGAACCAGCAGGUGGCACAAAACAUCACUGACUGGAAUCUUAACACUGGACUUCAUUUCUGUGCCUCUCCACUCUUCCUGAAGACUGUGGCACCUUGAUCUCCAAAUGAAAUGAAAACUUUACUUUUGUCUGAAAUGAAGAGACUUCUCUAUAUCACAUGACCUGGAUAUGAGUGAAUGGGACUUGAAAAUUUCCACCAAACUCCUAAACGGCCUUUGCUCUUCAUUUUUUUUAAACCACACUUUUUUUCUUCCGUUCAACUUUCCAUCAAUGUGCUUUUGUCCAGCAGUAUGAACAGUCAGCUUCUUUAGCCUUCUGUUCUCUGCUCUCUUUGUGGAAGGUGUCUGACCUGCAUGAACAGAAUUUCUCAUGGGUCUGAUGGAGUAUUUGACUUGGGACAAUGGUGGUGACAGUGGGAGGAGUUCAUCCCUCAGUCAAUGGGUUGCCAGUUUAACUCCUGCUGUCUGCCUGCAUCUGUUGUUUACUUGGGCAAGACGCUUCACCCACCUUUCCUGCUGGUGAAGGUCAGAGGGCCUGGUGGUGUUGGAGCAUGGCAGCCUGGCCUCUGGGACCUAGACAAGUACAAUUCCAGUUUUCUUAAACUGACUUUGGGUUUUCACUGACCAUAAGCCAGAAGAAAUAAAAUUCAUGAAAAUCGUCUUCUUUUGGCUUUUCCCUUUAUUUGAUUUCUUUGUUUCAAUAAAUAACUUCUCAUCAAAGCAGACAGAAGUCACAUGCUCUCUACAUUACAAUGUCACCAAGUGACUGAACCCAUCCAAGCACUGACCAGAUGCUUAGAACAGAUACAUAUCUGGAUGUGCCAUAACUUUCUCCAGCUAAACAGAAACAAAGCUGAAGUUAUAAUUUUUGGACCUAAAGAGGAACGAUCUAAAGUCAACACACAGCUGGAAUUUACCUGACCAUGCAUGUGUCUGAACUGUUGGAAGGAGCCAGAGUACCUGGAGAGAACCCAUGCAUGCACAAGAACAUGCAAGCUCCAUGGCCGGGAUUCAAACCCAGGACCUUUUUGCUGCAAGGCAGUAGAGCCUGAACUGUAUAGUGCAUCCCUUCUCCAAAACACCUGAAUCAGAUAAACUGCUUCAGCUGCUGGAGUGAGGAAGCAUCUCAAAGUCCCAGGACAGAAGGGGCUGGACUUGGUCAUCCUGGAAUAGACUAUUACCAGUGGCGCCAUCUUCUGGGGAAACCCUGAUUGUGCAAAGAAAACUAUAAGUUCUUGUCAUCUACUGUAUGUUACACCUACAGCAUGUAGGUUUGUAAAAAGGCAAAAAAAUUAAAAAUACUUUCAAACAAAUUCUGAAAAUCUGCAACAUUAAGCAACACUUGCGGUUGUAAAAGGGAUAAAUUAUAUUCUACGUUACUGACAUGACGUACAGCCGCUGGUAAAGAUGCUCCAUCUUUUCAUUUCUCAGAACUAAAGGCUGAGAAGUCAUUUCUACACACCUGAAUAAAAAAGGCACACUGUUUUCUUUCACAUUUGUAUUUUUUAUAAUACAUAUUUCAGUAAAAUCUACUUCAAUACACUGAUAGUACAAGAAAAAAAA